GAUUGUGUGAAAGAGAGAGAAAGAGUCCAAAACUCAGUGCUGUUCAUUAGGACCCACAUCUGGCCCUGUGGCUGAAGAGUUGCGAGCUGAGGAUGUGGCUGUUGGUGGCCGUGGCUUUUCUUUGCCAGUGUGUGAUUGGUCAGCUGCUGGAGGCCAAGGUAAGAGGAGCUCCACCUCAUCUGAUCUGCAGUGUUCCGGGGUUGCCGGGGAGACCAGGUAAACCUGGCCCAAACGGGCCUCCAGGGACAAACGGGAAUAUGGGAAUCCCAGGAAGAGACGGAAGAGAUGGCAGGAAGGGAGAGAAAGGAGAGAAGGGUGAAGCAGGGGUAAAGGGAAAAGUUGGCUCAACAGGUAAACGUGGCGAGCGGGGUGACCUGGGUCCAGGGGGGAAGAGAGGUCCUGAUGGAGAAAGCGGAGACGGGGGCCUACCAGGGCCUCCAGGGCCCCUUGGGAAGAAAGGGGACAAGGGCCAGCGAGGACCACAGGGUACGGCAGGCAUCUGCCGUUGUGGCAGCCUGGUGCCAAAAGCAGCCUUCUCUGUGGGAAUCACCAGCAGUUACCCUGUUGAGAAGGAACCUAUCAAGUUCAACAAGGUCCUCUUCAACGAGGGCGGCCACUACAACCCAGAGACGGGCAAGUUCAUCUGCGCCUACCCGGGCAUCUAUUACUUCUCUUAUGACAUCACCCUGGCUAACAAACAUCUGGCCAUCGGGCUGGUGCAGAACGGGCAGUACCGCAUCAAGACAUUUGACGCCAACACAGGGAACCAUGACGUGGCCUCCGGGUCGCUUGUGAUGUUCCUGAACCCAGAAGACGAGGUGUGGCUGGAGAUCUUCUUCAAGGACCAGAACGGCCUGUUUGCAGAAGCAGGGUGGUCUGACAGCCUGUUCUCUGGAUUCCUGCUCUAUGCAGACACCAACUACCUGGACUCACUAGCAGAGGACUACGCAUAGUGACUUAUAACACUCAAUAAAGGACUGAGAGGACUGAGUUUAUAGCCUCCCCUUGACAUAUUUACAGUAUCUAUAUUUCAUCAUGUAUUAUUUAUAUUCUAUAUAAAUAUGUGGGUGUGCAUGUAUGCAAGCGUGUGUGUAUGAGCUUAUGUAUUGUGGCGUAAGAAACAAUAUUUGUUUUGUGUAAUGUUUGUUUACAAUGUUUCAUGAAUAAAAUUGAUGAUAUGCACUCAGACAGU